AUGCAAAUCUUCGUAAAAACUCUUACUGGUAAGACCAUCACUCUUGAGGUCGAGUCUUCCGAUACUAUAGACCAGGUCAAGGCUAAAAUCCAGGACAAAGAAGGUAUUCCUCCAGAUCAGCAACGUUUGAUCUUCGCUGGCAAGCAGUUGGAAGAUGGUCGUACUUUGAACGAUUACAACAUUCAAAAAGAGUCAACACUUCACCUCGUUCUCCGUUUAAGAGGUGGUGGCAUGCAAAUUUUCGUUAAGACACUUACUGGAAAAACUAUUACCCUUGAAGUCGAAUCUGCUGAUACAAUUGAACAAGUUAAAACAAAGAUUCAAGAUAAGGAAGGCAUUCCCCCAGAUCAGCAACGUUUAAUCUUUGCUGGUAAACAAUUGGAAGACGGUCGUACUUUGGCAGAUUACAAUAUUCAAAAGGAAUCAACUCUCCAUCUCGUUCUUCGACUUCGUGGUGGAAUGCAAAUUUUCGUCAAAACUCUCACCGGUAAAACUAUUACCCUUGAAGUUGAAUCGACAGACACAGUUGAUCAGGUUAAGGCCAAAAUUCAAGAUAAGGAAGGUAUCCCUCCGGACCAACAACGUUUGAUCUUUGCUGGAAAACAAUUAGAGGAUGGUCGUACCUUGGGAGAUUAUAAUAUUCAGAAGGAGUCGACUCUCCAUCUCGUUCUUCGUCUUCGUGGUGGAAUGCAAAUAUUCGUCAAAACUCUCACCGGCAAAACCAUUACUCUCGAAGUUGAAUCGACAGAUACAAUUGAUCAAGUUAAGGCCAAAAUUCAAGACAAAGAAGGUAUCCCUCCGGAUCAGCAACGUUUGAUCUUUGCCGGAAAACAAUUGGAAGACGGUCGUACCUUGGGAGAUUAUAAUAUUCAGAAGGAGUCGACUCUCCAUCUCGUACUUCGACUUCGUGGUGGAAUGCAAAUUUUCGUUAAAACUCUCACCGGUAAAACCAUUACUCUCGAAGUUGAAUCGACAGACACAAUUGAUCAGGUUAAGGCCAAAAUUCAAGACAAAGAAGGUAUCCCUCCGGACCAACAACGUUUGAUCUUUGCUGGAAAACAAUUAGAGGAUGGUCGUACCUUGGGUGAUUAUAAUAUCCAGAAGGAGUCGACUCUCCAUCUCGUUCUUCGACUUCGUGGAGGUAUGCAAAUUUUCGUCAAGACCCUAACUGGAAAAACAAUUACCCUUGAAGUUGAAUCUUCUGAUACAAUUGAUCAAGUUAAGGCUAAAAUUCAAGAUAAGGAAGGUAUCCCUCCCGAUCAACAAAGAUUGAUUUUUGCAGGAAAACAAUUAGAAGAUGGACGUACUUUGGGCGACUAUAAUAUUCAAAAAGAAUCUACACUCCAUCUUGUUCUCCGUCUCCGAGGUGGACAAUAG